GAGGUGAGCAAGCGGCUCUCGGACAUCUGGAAGUCGCUGACGGACGAUCAGAAGCAGGUGUACGUGGAUCGCUCGCGCAUUGAGUCGGAAACGAUGCAUCCGAUGGGGCUGAUCGAGCCGGAGAGCGGGAAGGAGGAGAUGUCGACGGAGCGAACCGCUUAUAAUAAUUUUGCAUCCGUGAUUCGGAGAGAUAAGCCAAAUUUCUCUGAGUCCGAUCUGAGAGAGAUGAUUGACCAGAAAUGGGCUUCGAUGUCCCAGUCUGCACGGUUAAAAUAUUUGGCCCCUGUUGCAGAGCAUCCAAACGAUGCCGAACCAAAAAGUGACAUUGCGUUGAUCGACGAACAUCAGUUUUCGGAAGACAGUUAG